UCGCUCGCCUCCUUUUUUUUUGAAUUUGGAAAAUAUUCAUUUGUUAUUUAAUCCUGCGGCAAUUGCGCCGCGACGCAGACGUCGUUGACAACCUGCAAUGAAACGCACAGAUGGCGCUCGAGGUUAGCGCUUUCGAGCCGUCGUGCCUGCUGCUUUGCUAACCCCAAAAAGCUUAUCGAGAAUCCACCGAAAUGGAUGCGAUUAGGAUCGAGAAUUUCAACGAUGGUGAGACCGUUUCCUAUCCUUUGGUCCUGCUUAGAGGCUCCGCUCCCAAGGAUUGCGAUCAACUGGAGAUCAAUGAUGUUAAUUGUGAGGUGGUCGGCGGGAAAUUUAAGCAUUUAAUCAAUUUGAAUGUGGGUGAUAAUUUGGUGGAGAUUAAAUGGGGAUCGUUGAAAAUAGAGGUGAGGAUCCGAUAUGAGCCAAGAGGUAGCAAUUUAGUUUUGCAGCCGCUCUAUAUUAUCUGCGAUGGACAUGAUGGUCGGUUUCAAGGACCUGAAGGUGUGAAAAAGAACGAUGAAGGAAGCGCUCUUUGCAGGAUUGACGUAUGCUGUAAGCUUCUGCAGAGCAUACUUGCAGAGAAGCUGCACGAAUCCGGGUACGGGAGGAAGACUAUCAAAGUAGAGAGUUGUCAAGUGUUCUAUAGCAAGAUGAGCAGCGCAUCGGUUAAAGAGAUGCAAGAAGACGAGCUUUGGGCGGCUCUAGGUCGCGAGAUUUUGGGGUCCGAAAUUGGAAAGCCUCAGGCAAAGUACUUGGGGUUCCUCUCCUGCACGGAGUAUCACGGAGAUAGAUACAAAGUGGAGGAGAUGAAGCUGCACGAAGAUCUGUUGAAGAUCACCGACGUAUAUGUGGCUCUGGGUGGAGGCGGUUUGGCCAUCUUCGGUACAGCUUGCCUCUACACCUGGCCAGAGACUACUGAUGAUAUCCUCAGCAGGUUCAAGGAUCAAAGACUAGUGGACAGAACGCGGUUCUUGGACGACAGCGCGUACAGGGGAACGUUGGGAGCGUGCUUCUCCACGACCCUCGGCUCAACCCUGCAUGAACUAUGCCAUACAUUCGACCUGGGGCAUACUGACAUCGGUAUUAUGUCCAGAGGUUUCGACAAUCUGCAUAAGGUCUUCCUGCAAGAGGAGGACGCUGAAAGAUCGCUGCCACGGUUAGAGACGGUGUGCGAUGAAAUGGUGAGCAUUAAGCUGAAGGAGGCGGAAAGCAGAUCAUUCAUACGAAAGGCGGACUUCUCCGACGACGUCAUCAAUAGACCAAUCUGCUUUGAUGAAACUUGCUUCACUAAGAGCUCCGCAUGUAUACUGGCCUAUCACAAAUGGUUCAACGAUUACCCUGACGAAAGGAAAUACGUCCUAAGCUACGAUGCUUCCAUGAAACUAGUGAAGUCCACCUUGGGCAUUCGAGUCAUCGAAGUUCGCUCUGGCGAGGGCGGCCACGUCAUGGCUAAUUGGUGUUUCACCGGAAAAAUCCUCAGAUACAACUUCCAAUUGGAUCCCCUGGACUUCGGUAGCUCAUCCUCUCUCUUCGUCGAGGACAACUACGGCAACAUCCUGAAAGCCAAUAUCUAUUAGAUAUCAACCCAUCCGGUUAUUCCGUGCCAAUGCUAGAUAAAUUUCUUUAUACGACAAAAUCAAGUGAGAUUAGACAUAGUAUAUUUGUCAGUUUCCUUACGAAAAAAAAGCAUUAUAUAGACUGAGAUUUAGGGACUUUCCAUUCUUUAAUAUUAUUAUAUUUGGGGCUUCCUCUUUA